AUGGCUAAGCUAGUGCAUGAUGUUCAAAAAAAACAGCAUAGAGAGCGUUCUCAAAUAACGAGUCGUACCAGAUAUGGUUUCUUAGAAAAGCAUAAAGACUAUGUAAAGCGUGCACAAGAUUUCCAUAGGAAGCAGUCCAGUUUGAAGAUUCUCAGAGAAAAAGUGAAAGAAAGAAACCCAGAUGAAUACUACCAUGCUAUGCAUUCGAGAAAGACAGAUGCAAAAGGGCUCUUAAUCACCUCACGUCACGGUGACGAUGAAGACGAGUCUCUUUCCAUGGACCAAGUCAAAUUGCUCAAGACACAGGAUAGUAACUAUGUGAGGACGUUGAGACAACUAGAGUUGAAGAAACUGGAAAAAAGAUCGAAGGAGCUGAUGUUCAAAAGCAGUGGGAAUCAUACAAUAUUUGUUGAUUCCCGAGAAAAGAUGGAGGAUUUUGCUCCAGAAACGUUUUUCAAUACCACUUCUGAGAUGGUGAAUAGGUCUGAGAAUAGAUUAACCAAGGACCAGUUGACCCAAGAUGUUUUGAACAAUAAGAGCGCCUCAUCAAUAAUGCCCAAGGAAUCACUAGACAAGAAGAAGUUGAAAAAAUUCAAACAAGUAAAACAACAUAUACAGAGAGAAACCCAGUUGAAACAAGUCCAACAGAGAAUGGACGCUCAAAGAGAACUGUUGAAAAAGGGUUCAAAGAAGAAAAUCGUGGACUCGUCAGGGAAGUCUUCUUUUAAAUGGAAGAAGCAACGUAAGCGUUAG